CCUUCAGAAACAGGCAUGUUCAACGCAAAUAUUGUUAUUGGGAAGGUUCGCAAUUAUUCGCAAUAUUAGGUAUAAAUACUGGCAAGCGCUCCUACCAGUAAUUCAGUAUAGAUAUAGAUCUAGUAAGUGAAAAUUACCAGAAAUACCGAAGAAAAAAUCAUGAAAUUUAUUGCGUUAAGCUUGUUCAUUACGCUUGCUUCCUACAUUGAAGCUAAGGAUGUGGUUUGUUACAUUCCCUCCUGGGGUCCAGACGUAACCAACAAAGUCAGCCCAAAUUACUGCUCAAUUUUUGUCAUUGCUUUUGGUACCUUAGACGGAAAUGGAAAUAUCGGCCUUCCAGACAAUUUUGCCAAUUUUAAGAAACUCAAAACGGCCAAUUCAAAACUAGUUCUAGCAAUAGGAGGAGCAACAGCUGGCACAUCGGUAUUUAAACAAAAUGCAGCUACGGCAGCCAGUCGUGCCCGUUUUGCGAAAAAUGCUUUGAACGUGUUAGUUAGUAACGGACUGGAUGGUAUAGAUAUCGAUUGGGAAUUCCCAGACGCUACUGAUAGAUCUACAUUUGUGGCACUGCAUUCAGAUUUGAAAGCAAGUCUUGGAAGCAAAUACAUAGUAUCAACCGCAGUAAGCGUUGGACAGUGGCUUGUAUCGACCAAUAAUGUGUACGAUAUUGCUGGAUUGGGAAGAGCUGUUGACCAUAUCAAUUUGAUGGCAUAUGACAUGCAUAUGGACGAAGGAUGGGACUCAUCGUUUGGUGUAUCAUUUAAUGCACCUAUCAAUGCUAAUUCAGGAGAUAGUGUUGAUAAGGGCAUCAACUUAUUUUUGCAAGGAGGUGCACCAGCAAGUAAACUCGUAGUUGGAGUACCUUUUUAUGGACGUCAGUACCAAUUAGCUGACUCCAAUAGAGUAUCUCCUGGAUCUCCGUUCAUUGGUGGACAUCAAGCGUCAGACGUUAAUUACACGCCAGCAUAUCAAUCCUAUUGCUCGAAAUUAACUAAUUCUGCGUGGACGAAGCAGCGUGAUGCAACAGCUAAAGCUCCCUACAUGUACAGCGGAAAUAUGUGGAUGUCGUAUGAGGAUCAGACGAGUAUAACAGACAAAGCCAAUUUGGCUAUCAAAUACAAUUUAGGAGGCGUUAUGACAUGGGCUUUGCAUCAAGAUGAUUACGAUGGUAUUUGCAGCUCAUGUAAAUGGCCAUUAUUAAACGCAUUAAGCGUAGCCGUUGGUCGAAUUUCAUCGUCGUCUGCUUGUAAAACUAGCAGCGCCAGCACUGGUAGUAGUGGUACAGUGCCAACAACACCACCAACCCAUCCUUCUAAUAAUUCUGGUGGUAAUAACGCUUCGGGUACUACUCUCACGAAUUGUGGAACGGUUGGACUACUCGCAUAUCAGCCUGAUUGUUCAAAAUAUUUGUCAUGUGCAUCAGUGGGAGCUAAGCCAGUAGUAAUGUCAUGUAGUUCUGGAUUGAAAUGGAACAAUCAAGCAAAAAUUUGCGAUUGGAAUUGUGUCGUAUAGUUGAGGUAUAAAUUUUAGGAUUUUCUUAAUCAAAAGGAAUUCAUACUAUACCUUGGAUACUGUAGAAGUGUAUACCAAAGAUGCACGUGAAUUUAAUUAAUUAUUUAUUUAUUAGAUUAGUUAAUCAACAAGGUGACGUGCUCUGAUUGCGGUUCUCUUAACUUUGUUAAAAAUAAGGAAGUAAAAGAUUUUGUAUAAAACAUCAGAAAUUUUUUUGAAUCGUUUACAAAAAUAAAUAAAUUUUAGUUGUAAA